AUGGCGGCGUCCACGGGCUCGGGAGCGCCGGGCCGGGGCGGCUGGCGGCGGCGCGGGCGGCGCGGAGGCGGGCGCGGGGCCGGCGGCGCGGGGGCCCUGAAGCGGCUGGCGCUGGCGGUGGAGGACUUCGUGCAGGCGCGCUGCGGGGGCCAGCCCUCCGGCGGCCGCGAGGGGCCCCGGGCGGAGCGGCGCGCGCGCCCCGGCGGCAGGAGGAGCCGCCGGGAAGCGAGGAAGGAGAAGCGGCAGCUGAGGAAGGCGCGCCGGCUGCAGAGGACAGCGGAGGGCGGGCCCCGGGCGGAGGGCGCCGAGAAGCGGGCCGCGCGGGCCCCGCCGCCGCCCCAGGCCCCGGCCAAGGCCGCCCCGGCCCGCGCCCCGCCCCGGGCCCCGGCCAAGGCCGCCCCGGCCCGCGCCCCGCCCCAGGCCCCGGCCAAGGCCGCCCCGGCCCGCGCCCCGCCCCAGGCCCCGGCCAAGGCCGCCCAGGCCCCGGCCAAGGCCGCCCCGGCCCGCGCCCCGCCCGGGCACGGCCCCGGGAGCCCCCGGCCCUCCGCCGCCGCCCGCGCCGCCCGCAAACGCGCGCUGCUGGCGGCCAACGAGGAGGAGGACCGGGAGAUCCGCAAGCUGGAGCGCUGCCUGGGCUUGAACAAGCGCCGGAGGAAGGGCGAUGCCAGCUCGGUGCCGCUCAGCUUCGCCCGCGACGGGCUCGACUACAUCCUGGGGGCCCUGGGGCCGGGGGCCGGGGGCGGCGUGUGCGACAGCAGCAGCGAGGACGAGGAGGACGGACGGACAGCCCGCGAAAGCCACGCGGGGAGCGACGCCGAGGCCGGAAGCCACGCGGGGAGUGAGGCCGAGGCCGGGAGCCACGCGGGGAGUGAUUCCGAGGCCGGAAGCCACGCGGGGAGUGAGGCCGAGGCCGGGAGCCACGCGGGGAGUGAUUCCGAGGCCGGGAGCCACGCGGGGAGUGAGGCCGAGGCCGGGAGCCACGCGGGGAGUGAUUCCGAGGCCGGGAGCCACGCGGGGAGUGACUCCGAGGCCGGGAGCCACGCGGGGAGUGAUUCCGAGGCCCGGAGCCACGCGGGGAAUGACUCCGAGGCUGGAAGCGGGAAGCAGGAGGCGGGAGCGCAGAGCGAACCCGAGCAGCAGGAGGAUGUGCGGGUGGAAAAGCGGGGGAAAGAACACGCAGAAGGGAGAGCGAAAGAGAAAAGGGGGAAAAAGAGAGUCCGUUUUGCAGAGGAUGAAGAAAGGAGCGAAAAUGCCCCCGACGGUGUUGACGCAGGGUGUCAGCAGAGUCUUUGUGAAAAUGGGGGAAAGUACGUCCCCCCUCAUGUGCGGCGAGCCGAGGAGACGGUGGACGCCCAGAAGAGGGAAGAGAGAGAAAGGCUAAAGAAGCAUGUCCAAGGCCUAAUCAACAGGUUGAGUGAGCCGAACAUGGCCUCCAUAAGUGGGCAGUUGGAGGAGCUGUACAUGGCCCACAGUAGGAAGGACAUGAACGACACGCUCACCAGCGUCCUCAUGAGCGCCUGUGCUCCAAGCUCGGCCAUGCCCAGCAGGCUGGUGAUGGAGCACGUCCUCCUGGUCAGCAUUCUGCACCGCACGGUGGGGAUCGAGGUCGGAGCCCACUUCCUGGAGGCCGUGGUGAGGAAGUUUGCUGACGUCCACGAGAAGGGAGGCGAAGGCAAGGAGUGCGACAACCUGUUCACCAUCAUUGCCCACUUGUACAACUUCCACGUGGUGCACUCGCUCCUCGUCUUCGACAUUCUGAGGAAGCUCAUUGGAACUUUCACAGAAAAAGAUAUCGAACUGAUCCUGCUAAUGUUGAGAAAUGUGGGCUUUUCACUGAGGAAAGACGAUGCUUUGUCCCUUAAAGAAAUGAUCGCAGAAACCCAGGCCAAAGCCAGUGGGGCCGGCGGCAGGUUCCAGGACCAGACCAGGAUUCGGUUCAUGCUGGAAACGAUGUUGGCGUUGAAGAACAACGACAUGCGGAAGAUCCCGGGCUACGACCCUGAGCCUGUCGAGAAGCUGAGGAAACUGCAAAGGGCUCUGGUGCGAGGCGCGGGCUCGGGCACAGAGUCUCAGCUGCGCGUGUCCUGGGACAGCGUCCUGAAUGCUGAGCAGACGGGGCGCUGGUGGAUCGUGGGGUCCGCCUGGAGCGGGGCCCCGAUGAUCGACAGCAGUCAGCAGAAGGCCUCGCAGAAGCCGCUCGCAGGCACGGUUAGCGCCAAGAUCCUGGAACUCGCCCGGAAACAGAGGAUGAACACUGACGUCAGGAGAAACAUAUUCUGUACAAUUAUGACUAGUGAGGAUUUCCUGGAUGCAUUUGAGAAGCUUCUAAAGCUCGGACUGAAGGGCCAGCAGGAGCGGGAGGCCGUGCACGUCCUCGUGGACUGCUGCCUGCAGGAGGCGGCGUUCAACCCCUUCUACGCCUUCCUGGCCAGCAAGCUCUGUGGCUACGACAGGAGGUUCCAGGUGACUUUCCAGUUCAGCAUGUGGGACAAAUUUCGAGAGUUAGAAAAUUUGCCAGCCACUAAUUUCUCCAAUCUGGCUCAUCUGGUAGCCCACCUGUUGAAGACAAAAUCGCUUCCACUUUCUAUCUUAAAGGUGAUCGAGUUCAGUGAGCUGGAUAAGCCCAGAGUCCACUUUCUACGGAAAGUGUUGUACAUGCUGCUGAUGGAGACCGAAGUGGAAGACCUCGGGCUGCUCUUCACAAGGGUGUCCGACAACCCGAAGCUGGGCGUGCUAUGCGAAGGCUUGAAGCUCUUCAUCAGCCACUUCCUGCUCAAGAGCGCGCAGGCGCGCCACAGUGCUGAGGAGGCCGGACUGCUGCGGGAGAGAGCCGAGCUGGCCACCAAGGCCCUGCAAGGGAGGGCUGUGCUGAGAAUGUAG